AUGACUGUCUUACAGAUGUCAAAGGACUUCUCUCAUCUUUACUCAAUCCAAACUAAGACUCUCAAGCCAUCUCCAUUGGAAGUUUUUAUGCCUUUAUUUUAUGACCCCAAGAUCGUAUUUUUAGGGAGUGGAUUGCCAAUGAGUCAGUAUUUCCCAUGGAAACACAUCCACUCCGUAUGUCCACGUCCGCCCUUUUUGGAUGGCGUUGGAGCGGUUCCUUCCGGACGUGAAGCAGAUACGUGCACCAUUAUGAUUCCAAAAGAUGAAGCAACACCUGCUGGAGAUACACAGGAUAUCGUACUGGCUCGAGCUCUACAGUACGGUUUUGGGGAAGGGCCACCUGAAAUCUUGAAUUUUGUACAAAAGCACACAGAAAUGAUUCAUGAUAUCAAAUAUGCCGACUGGGAUAUUCUGCUAACAAUUGGUAAUACAGCAGCGUGGGAUUUGACCUUGAGAGUUUUCUGUAACAGGGGUGACAGCAUUCUGGCGGAAAAGUACUCGUAUUCUCCUCCAUUGUGUAAUGCAGAGGGACAGGGGCUCAAUAUUAUUCCUGUGCCAAUGGAUGAAUACGGGUUGGUUCCCACCAAAUUGAAAGCUAUCUUGGAGAAUUGGAACCCCAAGAAAGCGAUGCCAAAACUGCUAUAUACGAUUCCCAUGGGUCAAAAUCCUACCGGUGUCUCACUUCCAGAAAAAAGGAAGAAAGAAAUUUACGAAAUAGCCCAGGCGUAUGAUUUCUUGAUUGUUGAAGAUGAUCCCUAUUACUUUUUUCAAAUGGAUCCUUAUGUGGAAAAGCCCUCCGAAAGAAGUGACAGAUCUUUUGGCUCUCGGAACGACUUUAUUAGUUCGUUGGCCAGAUCGUUCUUAUCUUUUGACACUGACGGACGAGUUAUUCGCUUAGAGUCCUGUUCCAAGACUCUAGGACCGGGUAUCAGACUUGGAUGGAUCGUGGGUUCCAAGGGAAUACUGGAAAAUAUGGAGCGCCUAAGCGAAAUCACUGUGUUAAGUCCAAGUGGAAUCAGUCUCUCUAUUGUCGCAGGAACAUUGAAUCGUUGGGGACAACAUGGCUAUUUAGAUUGGCUAAUCGGUUUGCGACGUGAAUAUACCAAAAAGCGAGAUGGUGCGCUAGAUGCGUGUAGAGAAUAUUUGCCCAAUGAAUCAUGGGUUGAAAUCAUUCCGCCAGCUGCAGGAAUGUUUUUUUCUAUUAUCAUCGAUGCCUCUGCACAUCCGGACUUUCGGAGGAAAUUUCAUUCGAAAUGUAAUGACGUCGAGCAAUACCUUUACCAGGAGUUCAUUGCUGAAGGUACUCUAGUAUUCCCCAGCCAGUUUUUUGAAGUUGGUGAAAAAACAGAUUUCUCUUUUCAGUAUGCCGUUGAUUGUAAAUCAGAACCUCACAAAAUUUUCUUUAGAGGUACCUAUGCUGCUGUGUCUAUCGAAGAAACGCGUGAAGGCAUCAAAAGAUUGGGCCGUGUUUUGAAAAGGGAGUUUUAUGCUCUUGAUUGA